UCCGCGGAACCGCAGUGGACAAUGAAGUUAUGGGAUAGUCUGGCCACUUGUCUGAUCCUGCUGAGCGCCGCGCGCACCAGCCCUCCUCCGGAGCCGGGGCGCGCCGCGGAGAGUCCCCUGGAGCUCCCGCCGAUUCAGAUCAGCCUGUCCGUGAAUUCCCCGGGAAUCAGCAGCGACGAGACGCCGACUGCAGGAGAAACAUAUUCGAUGGAGAAGCCAAUCUCGAGUGAGUUUGAAGACGUGGUCGACUUCAUAAAAGUCACCAUCAGCAGAAUACGCCGCUCACCCUCAUCUGCUGCGUCCUCGCCUACCUCCUCCACCUCCUCUCCUCCCAUGGAGAAGCUGAGCAGCAGGACUCGAAACAGAAGGGAGAAGAAGAAAGGGGCAAGCCCGGAGAGCGGUCAGACCGGAAGAGGACGAUCUGGAGGAGGACGGACGGGGCGGAGGAUGCGAGGCGGUGGCGGCAGGGGUCGAGGUCACAGCUGCAUGCUGAGGCAGAUCCACCUCAACGUGUCGGACCUGGGACUGGGCUACCUCUCCAGCGAGGAGAUGAUAUUCAGGUACUGCUCCGGACCCUGCCGGAAGUCCGAAACCAACUACGAUAAAAUUCUGUACAACCUUGUUCACAACCGGAAGCUCCCCCUCAGAGACACGCCGCCUCAGGCCUGCUGCCGGCCGAUCGCGUUCGACGAUGACCUCUCCUUUCUGGACGACAGCCUCAUUUAUCACACUGUGCGGAAACACUCGGCCCGAAAAUGUGGCUGUGUAUAGCAAAUGUGACUUCAGGUUUUCCUAUUAGUCUAUGAAGUAUAUUUUUUUUAUGUGUGUUUUUGUUUGUUUUGAAUUUACACAGAAGCGUAAUGGUACAGCUAUUCAGUACACAACUGUAUUACCAAAAAAUUAGAGAUUGUGGUAUCACUGUGGUUUUUACCUGGAGAAGAUUUUCCCGUCCAUUGUGGCUUGAUUACAAGAACAAAGAAUUUACUGACAGUAUGUUGUUUAUAAUUUACAGUUGCUGAGAUCGUAAUGUGUUCAGUAUAACUUCAUGGAUCAUGGAUGCAACAU